AUGGGCACAGCUAAUUUAAAGUUGGUAGGAGAAGAAGAUCUUCUGUCAAAUAAUGAAGACUACAGAAAAGCAAUGUGGGUACUCUUGUACCUUGGCACCAAUACACAUCCAGAUAUGGUGAUGUCAUGUCAGUUUCAUGCAGAUGUGCAAGUAAAUCUCAUCAAAGAGACUGGAAUGCAAAUUCCUCUAUCUCAGUGCAAUGAACCCUGUGCCCCAGGAUACAGGAAAGCUAAAAUAGAAGGGAAGCCAUCUUGUUGUUAUGACUGUGUCAGGUGCGCAGAUGGGGAAAUGUCCAACACAACAGAUGCAGCAAAUUGUGUGAGAUGCUCGGAGUAUCAGAAGUCUAAUACAGGGAGAACUGAAUGUCUCCUUAAAGCUGUAAACUUCCUUUCCUAUACAGACACCAUGGGGGCCAGUUUAACUUCCGUUGCCUUUAUCCUCUUCAUCACAGCUUCUGUAGUGCUGAGAAUCUUUGUGAAAUAUUGGGACACUCCUAUUGUGAAAGGCAAUAACCAAAAUCUCAGCUGUCUCCUCCUCAUCUCUCUCAUGUUGUGUUUCCUCUGCACUUUAUUAUUCAUUGGGCGCCCAACACAGAUAUGUUGCCUCCUCAGACAAGUCACAUUUGGGAUUGUAUUUACUAUUUCUGUUUCAUCUGUGUUGGCUAAAACUCUCACAGUUAUUAUUGCCUUCAAUGCUUCAAAGCCUGGGAGCAAACUGAAGAAAUAUGUAGGAACCCAACUUUCCAUUGUAUUAGUUAUAAUAUGCACUUUGGGUUCAAGUAUAAUCUCUGCUGUGUGGAUGACUUCUCACCCACCCUUUUUGGAGGCUGAUACAUUUUUGGAAAAAGACACAAUUAUUUUAAUGUGCAAUGAAGGAUCUGUAAUCUUUUUCUUCUGUACUAUUGGUUACAUGGGUGCUCCAGCAGUGCUGAGUUUCAUUGCUGCAUUUCUAGCCAAGGAUUUCCCUGACCGAUUUAAUGAGGCUAAAAACAUCACUUUCAGUAUGUUGGUGUUCUGUAGUGUGUGGGUGACAUUUGUCCCUGCAUACCUGAGCAGUAAGGGGAGAAAAAUGGUGGCAGUUGAGAUAUUUGCCAUUUUAUCCUCCAGUGCUGGAUUAUUGGGCUGUAUAUUUGCCCCUAAAUGUUACAUUAUUUUUCUGCAUCCUGAAUUAAACACAAGAACAUUUUAG